CAUACUGGGGAAAAACCAUAUCAGUGUGAAGAAUGUGGUCAGACAUUCUCUACAAUGACAAGGUUAAAGUUUCACAUAAUGAUACAUACAGGUGAGAGAAGAUAUACAUGUGAAGAAUGUGGUGCUCGCUUUCGAGAGAAAGCAACCCUUCAGAAACAUCGUGGUGUUCACUUAGUUAGAGGGCCAUUCCCUUGUAAAACAUGUGGCAAAGAAUUUCCAAGAUUAGCAAGUUUAUCUCUUCAUCGUAGAAUACAUGAACAGCCAGUAUAUCCACUAGCUGAAAAUAGAGUUAAUAGUCUUUCAUCCACUGAUCAAGUAACAGCAAAUGUAGACCCUGCUACAGCUUCUGCACAUGUACUCAAAGAAACAGAACAAUAUGCUAAGAAGGAAGAAAUAGUGAACAGACCUUGUACCUUCGAAAACAUUCCACAUGUAACAGAGUCAAUUGAGUUAACUACAUCACAAAGCAAGCAAACAUAUUUUAAUGAAGUACAAGAAGAUCAACUUGUAAGUAGUGAAACUAGUCAUAAUGUUUGUACAGAACAACAGGAGAAUGUAAUUCUGGAAUCUUCACCAAUCAAUUCCUCAUUCAGUAAUAAUGAAACAGUAGUACAAGCUGAAAAUGAAUCUCAGAGUGUGAUAAGCAUUGCAGACCCUGAUCAAGUACAAAAGGCUUUGGAAAGUGGGACUGUAUGGGAAACACACCAGGAAAAUGGGGAGGAGCUUCUAAUUGUGAUACCACCAUCCUUAACAGGAAGAGAAAUAACAUUAGUCUCUGAUGUGAAUCGUAUGCAUAGUAGAGAACCAACGUUCACACAGACAGCAGCUCCAGUUUUCCACCUAUCACAGGACCAGACUGAAGUUGUACAGGAUUACCCACAAGUUAUUCAUGAAGAAAUCCAUGAGAAAGUGCAGCAGAGUCAUCCACAUCUUGUACAAGAGGAGCACAACUCUGAAGUACAGACUUACCCUAUAGUUCUUGAAGAAGAAGUACAUGAAACCAAUUCAGGACUCUUGGUAUGGGAUGAUGGCCUAGAUCCUGUUACUGAAGUAACAUAUGUAAUAGAGGAAGGGGCUCAGGAUCCAAUCAUGAUACAUCAAGAUCAAGCCCAAUUUAUGCAUGAAAGUAAAGUGGUUACAGAAGUUACAAGGAAGAGGAAGAAAACAAAGGAGUUUUGGCUUAUGGAUGGAGAAGAAAAGCAAGAAAAAAUUAAGGAACAGGAUUCUGUUUUAGUUAAGACAAAGAUUAAAAAGAAAAAACAAAUUGAUAAGAAAGUAAGAGUGCGCAAAGAUUAUGACUGUCAGCAGUGUGGGAAGUCCUGCAAAACCUCCUCCAACUAUAAUACUCAUAUGAGAAAACACACUGGGGAAAGACCAUAUUUUUGUGGUAUAUGUGGUCUGGGCUUCAAACAGAUACCUCACCUCAGGGGCCAUAUCAGAACUCAUACUGGUGAAAAACCAUAUACUUGCUCCAAUUGUAAUGCAAGUUUUGCUCAGACUUCAAGAUUAAAUAUUCAUAAAAAGAAAUGCAAUAAGGAAACACCAGUUACUGCAAAGAAACCAAAACUAGAACCUGCAUGUAAGGUGAGAAACUUUUACUGUAAAAUCUGUGAUAAGACUUUUAUUGAUGAAUGCUUUAAGAGAGACCAUAUGAAGACACAUAUGGAAUCUAGCCAAUACACCUGUGAAAUAUGUGGUAUGACUUAUAAAAGUAAAAGUAGUAUGCAGAAACACAAGCUGGUACAUUUUAAAGACAGAUGGAGUUGUCAGUUAUGUGGAGAAAGUUUCAGUAGUAAGGCUACCUUGCAUUUCCAUAAGGUAGCAGUGCACAAAUCAGAUGAAGUUAGUAAUGAUGCUUCAGGAAUGGUUAUUAAUGUGAAGAUCGGAGAAGAAAAAGACUUUGUUGUUAUCAAUCCUUCCAUUAAGAAUGUUUCCAGUGACUUUGGGAAUGAUGGCCAGAUUAAAACAGAAAAGAUAGAAAUUACAGAAGCAGACAAUUUUUCUGUCAAGAGAGAGAUAAUACAGAUUACAGAUGCAGAGGAUGGUACUGUGAAAAGCGAGGUAAUGUCUGCAGGUGAUGAGGAAAGUUGUACACAGAUAUCAGAUGCUGAUAGAAGUACCAAUGAAGACCAGGGAACUGAUUUUGCUAAACCUUUAGGUAAUGCUGAUAUGAAAGCUGAAAUUCAAGACUUACUUACUGUGGAUACACAUCACUCAGCAGUAAAGAAGGAAGUUGGUGCAGGAAAGUUAAAAGCCAUCUAUGAUGAGCAAGGAAGGAAGGUAUUUGUUUGUAAAGUGUGUGACAAAGCCUUUUUACAGUCAUCAAAUCUCCUUAGUCACAUGAGAAUGCAUACAGGUGAAAGGCCCUAUAAGUGUAAUUUAUGUCCAUUAGCAUUUAGACAAAUAACUCAUCUCAAAGAUCAUAUGAACACACACACUGGUGUAAGAGCAUUUAAGUGUGGAGUUUGUCAGAUGACUUUCUCUCAGAGGUCAGCUGCCAGACGCCAUAUAAAGACAGUUCAUGAUCGCAAUGCUGAUGUUGUCAAGACUGGAAAUGUUUAUUCACUACGAAAUACCCCGACUGAUCCUGAUAACCAAACUCGGGAAACAAGUGAUCCAAAUCAAAUCAGUAAGAUGAAAAAGGGGAAAACAUCUGAAAAGAUCUAUGAAACAUGUGAGAAAUGUGAAAGGAGGUAUUCAACCUCAUACAUGAAAAUCCACCUAAGGUGCCACUCAGGUGAAAGACCUUUUAGUUGUGAUAUUUGUAAACAAUCAUUCAAACAGAAGUCACACCUUUUGUCUCAUAUGCUACGCCACACAGGAGAAAAACCUUAUGUAUGCAAUGUAUGUCAUGCAUCUUACACACAGUCAUUUAGGCUAAAGGAACAUAUGAAGAAAUGUAUUGAAGAAAAGAUCAGCAAUAAAAAGGGUAAUGAUGAACAGGGUAAUAAAGCAAACAGAAAAAAAGAAAAAGGAAAGGUUAAGACUGAUAUUAAAAAUGAAUUUUUAUGCAGCUGUGGUGCUACUUUCAAGAGACAGGUUCUCUUGACUAGUCACAGGCAGAAAUGUACUUGGAACAUCGAAAGUGAUCACAGCACAGAUGUUAGUGAUGAGGAAAUUCCCUACCAUGAUGACAGUGAUGAGGAAAUAGAACCAAAAAGUAGGCAGGAUGGUAGCAAAGGCUGUGCCAAGAGAGAGAAAGAGGACAAGAGACUUCCAACAAAAGUGGACAAAAAAGUGAAGCAGUUCACAUGUAGUAAAUGUGGUAGGUUGUUUGAGGAUUUCCUUCUGUACAAAGAUCAUUUAAAAGAGCAUAGCAGCAGCCUUACAGAGGUUUGUGAAGAAUGUGGAAUAGUUUUCAGAAGGGCUUCAGCUUUAGCAUUCCAUCAGAAGAUGAAUCACAACAAGUCAAAUGAUGAAUGGUCAUAUGGAUAUAGUGAAGAGAAAGAGGUCCAUGUUAAAAGAGAAGUCAUGAGCAGUGAUGAAGAAGAAUUUGAGCAAGUUUGGCCUGUUGAGAAAGUGCCUAUAAAGGCAGAAGAUACAAAAGAAUCAAAAACAGAAUGCAGAGGAGACAGCCACCAUGAAAAAAAUUCUGAAUUAAAUUUGGGAAAAGGAAGGACAGGAUCUGGUACAAAGGAAGAGAAAAUGGUUCAUAGUGGUAAUACAUACACAAGAGAAAAAAACUGUUUAAGUACAAAACCAACUAUAGAACAGAAGGAAAAGAGAAUGAUGAGCAGAACUAAAAAGCCCUUAAAAGAACAUGGUUGCAGACUGUGUAAUGAAAUUUUUAAAAGUCAGGUUGACCUGAGCAAUCAUACUAAGAUUUGUAAAUUGACAGGAAGUUCUGUUAAAGUCAAAAGAAGAAAGAAUGCAGUUGAGGGUGCUUCUUGCAAUAAAAUUGUUAGUGAAGUUGAGUGUGAAAACAAUCCAGAGACAACAGAAAUGCAGUAUCCUUGUAAACUGUGUGGUCAGACUUUCACUAGGUCAUCAAAGCUGAAACAUCAUUUGAAUAUGUGGUGCAAAGGUAUGAAAAAGGAGUCUAAAACUUGAUAAAAUCUGCAGUUCAGGUAUAUCUUGCAGUAUGGAGAUAUUAUAGCAUGUGCAUUUAGGUGGCUGGUUAAUUUAAUGUGGUUUUAUUUAUUCUGUUUAUUUUUAAAGGAAACAGAAGUUCAUUAGAAAUAGGUAAAUGAUGUAAUAGUAAAUGUUAUUUUCCUCCAAAGUAAAGAACGUGUUGAAUAUUCUAGUCAUGUCACUAAGCAGUGGUUGUUUCUGUAGUGAAUACAUAUUUUUGGUAAAACUGAUUUAUUACAAAAUAAGAAAGCAUUAACAUUUUAUGAUAGAUUUUGUAUAUUAUAAAACUAAUUUCCAUAUAUAAGAGAUUUGAAAUAUGUCUUUAAGUGAUAUGGUAAAAGUUGUCUGUUAUGAUCAUUUUUUAUUGUGCGAUAAGACUGCUUUUAUACAUUUAUGGAAGUUGAUUAAAAAAAAGA